AUGGAGGGAGUUGAUCUUACCAAGGCAAUGUUCAACAAAGGAAAGCAGAUGGCAAAUGUCGCAGCAUCAGCUGCCAAUGGCAACGGUGGAAAGAAGAGGAGAAAAGGGACGGAUUUGAAGCCUAUCGUCACCAACGAAGGGAAUCCCGCGCCCGGCGAAGCCGCCACUGAAUCAAGCGGUGCUGCGCCUCCGACAAACCCUAAACCCACUGUGGCAUCGCGUUCACCGUCUUCAUCGUCUGGCGAUGAACUGGAAACUACAGCCGAGGAGGAAGACUCAGAGGACUACUGCAAGGGUGGGUAUCACCCGGUCGCUGUCGGGGAAACAUACAACAAUGGGCGCUAUGUUGUUGUGCGCAAGCUGGGCUGGGGUCACUUCUCCACAGUCUGGCUGUCGAGGGAUACCACCACCGGAAAGCACGUCGCACUGAAAGUGGUUCGUUCCGCUGCCCACUACACUGAAACCGCCAUCGAUGAAAUCAAAUUGCUCAGUCGCAUCGUCCAAGCCAAGCCAUCCCACCCGGGUCGGAAACAUGUCGUGAGUCUGCUGGACUCGUUCGAGCACAAAGGACCCAACGGGGUCCAUGUGUGCAUGGUGUUCGAGGUGUUGGGCGAGAAUUUACUGGGAUUGAUUAAGCGGUGGAACCACCGGGGCAUUCCGAUGCCGUUGGUGAAGCAGAUCACCAAACAGGUGCUGCUGGGGCUCGACUAUCUUCAUCGCGAGUGCGGGAUCAUCCACACGGAUCUGAAGCCGGAGAACGUGUUGAUUGAGAUCGGCGAUGUGGAGCAGAUUGUCAAAGCCCAUGUCCAAGAAGAAUCGAAGAAAGAAAACAAGGAGGAUAACCGGAAUGGCCGGAGACGACGGCGGACGUUGAUCACGGGGAGCCAGCCGCUCCCCAGUCCGUUGAACACCAGCUUCAGCAGUUUCGACUUCAAGCACAGCUCGUCCAACUCCCACAGCAGUCUUAGUCAGAUGGUCAACGAGACGACAGUAACAUCCUCAGCAGAGGCGCCAUCGAUGAAGGAGACCCUGGGCGUCAAGGAAGAGGACGACAAACAGAAGCAACGAGAGAAGACAGCCGAUCUCCUGGAGAGAGAGGUGUCUGGUAUCUCUCUCGACAAGGACUCUUCGACCAAAUCGCUGGAGGAGGAGAUCUAUGCCAACAUUAUUUCCGUGAAGAUCGCCGAUUUGGGUAACGCGUGCUGGGUCGGUCAUCAUUUCACCAACGAUAUCCAGACACGGCAAUACCGAUCUCCCGAAGUCAUCCUGGGAGCGAAAUGGGGUGCCAGUACCGACGUGUGGAGUAUGGCGUGCAUGAUCUUCGAACUUAUCACCGGAGACUACCUUUUCGAUCCUCAAUCGGGCACCAAGUACGGCAAAGACGAUGACCAUAUUGCACAGAUUAUCGAGUUGCUCGGCCCAUUUCCCAAAUCGCUGUGUCUGUCCGGGAAAUGGUCCCAGGAGAUCUUUAACCGCAAAGGUGAGCUGCGGAAUAUCCACCGGCUUCGCCACUGGGCAUUGCCCGAUGUUAUGCGAGAAAAAUACCACUACUCGAUGGAGGAGAGCAUGCGCACCAGCGAGUUCCUUCUGCCCAUGCUGGAUCUUUCCCCAGAGCGGCGCGCCAACGCCGGUGGUAUGGCGUCCCACGAAUGGAUGAAGGAGACUCCGGGAAUGGACGGGAUCGAGCUGGGAAUUGUGCCAGGAAGUCGUGGGGAAGGUAUCGAGGGGUGGGCCACCGAAGUCAAAAGACGAUGA